AUGACUUGUGUCAGCAUGAGGGAACUGGGAUUGUUCAGUUUGGAGAAGAGUGGGCUCAGGGGAGACCCUCUGGCUGUGCACAGUUCCCUGAGAGGAGAUUAUAGUGAGCUGGGGAUCCCAGGUUUUCAUACUGAGUUUCUUGUCUUCCUACAGCUUGAUGUUGCCAUUGAUGGAGCGGAUGAGGUGGAUUCUGAUCUUAACCUGAUCAAAGGAGGCGGUGGUUGCUUGACACAGGAGAAGAUAGUUGCAGGAUAUGCAAAAUGCUUCAUUGUUAUUGCUGAUUACAGGAAAAAAUCAGAGAGCCUUGGGGAGCAGUGGAAGAAGGGAAUCCCUAUUGAAGUCAUCCCCAUGGCUUACGUCCCUGUCACCAGAGCCCUGACCAAAAACUUUGGAGGUGCUGCAGAGCUGCGGAUGGCUGUUAGCAAAGCAGGUCCUGUGGUGACAGACAAUGGAAACUUCAUCCUGGACUGGAAAUUUGACAAGGUUCACGAGUGGAGUGAAGUGAACACUGCCAUAAAAAUGAUACCAGGUGUGGUGGAGACGGGGCUGUUCAUCGACAUGGCGGAGGUGGUGUACUUCGGCAUGGAGGACGGCUCGGUCAGCGUGCGGGAGAAGCAGCCUCGCUGAUGGUGGCAGUUCUGCCUGCUCUGCUUUGCCUUCGGCCAGUUUGAUUCAGCUGUCGUAACGGUGCCAACCUGACGUUAUGCCUUAACGAGCAGCGGUUAUCGCAGGAGGUGGAUGGGGAAUUGAUCGGAAUCCGCUGAUAUGAUACUGAAUGUCUUUUUAAAAAACAAAACAAAACAACAAAAAAAAAGAUGCUCUAUUUCCAGAUAUAUAUAUAUAUAUAUUUUUACUUUACAAGAAUGUUGUCCUUUUUUUAAAGAAUCAGUUAAACGAAUUGCUUUAACGUUUUUAUUUUAUUUUCUAAGAAAUAUUUAACCAAAAAAAAAAGAAUACUUUUUGAAUUCUUUUGUUGUUUUCUGUUUUUCCUUUUUUUGAACUGAACUUGAACCUUCCUGGUCGCUCUUAGUGCUCAGUGAUUGAUGUUGCUAUCCUAAUAAAUCAUCCUUAACCACUCUGGCUGGGAGGAUGAUGUACACAAUGGGAGCACAUCCAGUUGGGACCUACUGAUGCCUUAUUUGGAACCUUUUUGGUUCGGUAUUUUAUGCCUUUUAUUUUUCUAUACCACUGUUUUUUAAUAGCUCAGGAUGUCUAGUUAAUCCUCUGUGCAUAUGACAAAUCUCUGAGCCUAAAGACAUUGCAUCCCUGUGUCUGGGACAUUAAUAGGAGCCUUUUUGGGGCCUCUAUAUGGAAGAGAUGUUCAUCCUUUGAGCCAAAUUCUGUUCUACAACUGCAUUGAUCUAGUACCUCUGAUUAAAGUCUGUUCCAGUAGCUGGAGAUGUUCAGGAUUUCAUCCUUGUAUAAUGAGAGCAGAACUGGGCACUCGAUGAAGUUUACAAAAGCACAUUUGAGCAUUUUAGGGCAGUGUUCAGUGGCAAAUUAUUUGGUUUAGAAUGAAGGUUAAUUAUCACCUCUCACAGCUGGUUGAUUUGUAGAAGGAUAGAGUGGAAUGCAAGGGAAAACGGAGUCUUCCUGCCUAAGUUUACCAUAUGUAGCAGGAGAGAGACACUCGUUCAGUAUAUUGUUCUCUGUGUAUAGGUGCUUUGCAUGAUUCUGGUGUCAAAAUGCAAGCCCUCUUUUUGUGUAAUAGACACUGAAAUAAAGAGCUGUUAUAACAGA